AUGGGUAGCGGGAGCGUGGGUAUUGGCUUUCGAAUGAAGGACAGCAGCAGCGGCUAUCUGCUGCUGCUGCAGCAGAAGAGCGGCAGCAAGAAGCUGCUGCGUCUGGAUAGAGGAGAAGAGACAACCAUCGCCGAGAGAAGAGACGGCGGCUACGUGCAGGGCGAGUGGCACCGCGUCAGGAUAGAGGCAGCUGGCGGCCGCAUAAAAAUUUGUGUGGGAGAAGAGAAUGAAACUGAGGCGGAGGUGCUCACAGCUCUUGACGAGAGUUUUGUUUCCGGGACGAUCGCUUUCUUUUCUUCGGGGAUGCAGGACGGGGUGUAUUUCGAUGCUCUUUCUGUUGAGGCUGUUGCAUGCAUGCAGCUGCAGCAGCUGCUGCCGCCGCUGCCUCCUUUUUGUUCUGUAUUCGUUGAGAGCUACUUCAGCAGCGUCAGUGCUCUCUACACCAUCAUAGACGGCAGAGACAAAGGAGAAAACACAGGCCGCUGGGAAUACAGAGAGGAAGUGCGGGGCCGUGUGAAGGUGUUGAGUCAGCUGCAUGCAGUCCGCGAUGCAGCAGAAGCCGUGUGGGGCGUGUGUCGGUGGAGUUUCUGGCGGAGUGUUCGUGUGGGGUUGUUGGGAUCGUCUUUUGGUUUGGAUCGACCGAAAACUACGCCACUGUAG